GGCCACUUUCCAAUUCAGCGCCACCUGGCGGAUCAUAAUCCAAGAUGGCGGCGUAUGGUGUGUCCGUGUCACAGCACAUGUUUUUAGUGUUUUAUCAGCGCUACGCGUCAAAUUAGACUUUUUCCAGAAAAUCUUCGUGCUUAAAUGCGUAUAUAGGUACCAACAACAAGUAACCAUGUCUCGAAAAAGAAAUCAUGAGGAGAUGAACCAGUCUGCAUCUACUGACCGUACACUGCACUGUGUUUGCAAGACCCCAGAAGAUCCAGAAAAAAUAAUGGUUAGAUGUGAUCUCUGUGAUGAUUGGUUCCAUCCAUCUUGUGUUAAUCUUGAUGAAGAAGAAGCUAAGAACAUUGCAAAAUGGUUUUGUCCUGGCUGCUGUGAACUAAUGAAAAUAAACCCUUUAAUUUCAAAAAAAGGACUCCUUAGUUUUCAAGGACGCGUGGCACCAACGACAGGAUGGGGUGAAGAUUUCCCUAUUGAGGACAUCGAUGAAAGUGUUCUUGACUUUGUGAAAACAAAACGCCACAGGGUUGAAGGCUGGACACUAUUCCGAGAGGGAAAAAUAACAGGUUUGAGCAGUACCACAACUGGAAACUUGAUAUAUUUCAGAGGUCAAUGCCAAGCUGCAAUGAAGCAGAAAACUUAUAACAUAUACAUGUGCCUGAAACAUGGAGGAACAAAAUUAAAGUGGGGGACAUGCUCAUGUCCAGCAGGAAUAGAUGGGCAAUGUAAGCACCUUGUAGCCACAUUGUUCUGUCUUAUUGACUUUCACCGCCAGGAUGUAAAAACAAUGCCCGAUGUGAAAACAUGCACAGACAAGUUGCAAUUGUGGCAUGUUAGAAAACCAACGUCUGAUGAGCCUCUUCUGUUCAGAGACAUCAACUUUGUCAAACAUGAUCCGUUUAAGACCGUGAAGAAGGAUUUGUGUGCAGCUGCAGCUACUCAUAACCCUGUGCCCGAGUUUGCCAGAUCUGUUACAGGUAAUGAUCUAACCAAACUUGUUAACCUGUUUGAUGCAUCAGGUUUAAACCUUCCAGUGUUGGACACCAUUCGAGAAAACAAUUUCAAACCUGUGGCAUGUAGGCAACGCUGUGAUGUAAACCUAGACGCAGAUUUGUUUGAGAUGGUUGACAAUACUAGCUUCAGUGAAAUAGAAUUGCCACAGGCACUCAAAUCAGACAUCCAGCAACAUUACCUAGUUAAUGUGAGUGUAGACACCCAAAGAGCCAAGUUCAUAGAGAAAAAUACAAGGCUACAGAGCAAGACUUCAUUCUGGUUUAAUGAGAGACAAUACCGUAUUACUGCAUCUAACUUUGGUGUUUUUUGUCGCCUGAAAAAUACAACAGACCCUGUGAAUACGUUUCAACAAAAGAAGAAGUUUUUCACGUCAAAAAGUGUCCGUCACAGUAUCAAUUAUGAAGCUCAAGCCUUGGCUUUGUAUCAAAAGGAAAAACCAUGUGCUAGUUCACCAGUUGGUCUUGUUGUAAACCCCAAACUACCCCAUCUUGGAGUGACACCUGAUAGACUAGUAAAAGUCAACAAUGAGAUUAGACUGGUGGAAAUCAAAUGUCCAUACUCUGUAUUCAAGAAGAAGACAAGUAUAUUAUCACAAAUGAAGGAGAAAAACUUUUAUUUGGAAAAAAACCCGACAACUGGUGAAAUCCAACUCAAAAAAUCCCACGACUACUUUUAUCAAGUGCAAGGACAACUGAAUUUGUGUGGAAUAGAGAAGUGUGACUUUGUAGUAUUCGUUCCUCCGGAAGACAUUGCCAUAGUAGAGAUACAUCGUGAUUCAGAGUUUUUCUGUUCUAAUAUGUUGCCUAAACUCAACAGUAUCUAUUUCAGCCAUUUGCUCCCACAUUUUGUUGAUUGUCUCCGCACAAAAGAUCAGUGAAGGUCUCGACUUGUAUUGUUUAGUACAAGAGGCACAUGCAAUACCCAUCCAGACUGACAUUUUAAAUACAAACUUUACUUUAUGUAUAUUGAAAAAUGGUGUGUAGCCAUAUAUUUUCGCAUGUUGACUAGAUUCUUUCAAUGUGUUGAUUAUCAUAAUUAUCACAUGUCUGUGCAGAUGGGUUUUACAUACAACAUGUACAAAAACAGUUUGUAUUGUAAGUGAAAACAUGAUUCUAAAGUGACUUGGGGAAAACAAAAUUUAUUCUAAUUUUUACAUAGGAUAUUUCAUACAUUAUAUUCCUUUUUUGCACUCGUGACUGACACAUAUACAUGUAAUGUUCAAUAUGAUAGUUAGUGUAGGACAUAUGCAUGUCUCGUGUUAAAAGCACAAUGUACAUAUAUAUUGAUGGUUUCAGUGUACACUAGUACAAUCUUAAACCAUGUAUGGUAGCAUAAAAUUGAAUACAAGCACAAGUCAUACAAAUUAUGUCCAUUGUCACAAUUGUACUGUACAGAAUUUUUGUUGAAAUACUGUUAUUAGUUUCAUAGUCAUUAAGACAUUGAAUUGUGAUAUUUUUUAAUUAUGACUUGUAACAUGUAAAAAUUAAAAUGAAAGUUGUUACUAUUGAAUUUUGUAUUUUUAGUCCACAUUCAAUUUCACAGUUUCUUAGUUAAAUUAUUUAUUUAUAGUCAUUACUUCUUGUAAAGAGUAAGUUUAAAAAUAUGUGAACAAUAUUCAUUUCCUGCGCUAUGCUGACAUUUCAUAUACAUGGUUCAAUAUAGUUUAUAAUUUAGACAGAUUAUUUUUAUAUUUUCAACAGUGAAAAAAGAUUAACUUAAGAAAGGAUGCAGUGAAAUCCAAGUUGUCCUAUAUCAUCACUUGUGAUAAUAUAAAAUUUCUUCAAUACAUUUUUAUAGAUCUAGACAACAACUGGAAUAUUACAAUGUAUGACUAGUGAUAAAUGUUUGAUGCAUAUAUAUGAUGAUAUGAAUAUCGGUUGGACAAUUUCUGAUAUUUCAUUUGUAGAAAUGUAUUAUUUACAAACUUUUUUGCUUGGAAUUUUUUCAUGGUAUUACUACUAUGACAGUAUUUGAAAAUGCAUUUUAUUGUCACAAAAAUUGUACAAAAUUCAACAUAAUAUUUUUGAAACUUUGAUCACCAUGGAAACAUGUUUUAUAUGUAUCAUAUUAUAAAGUGUUCAUAUAUGAAAAGAAUCUGACAUUUCAUUAAACAUGAGAGCAUUA